GUCAAUAACUAUAUUUAAAUCACUAACUUAUCGAUGAUUAUCCCUCGUAGAUUAUCCUAUGCUCGUUCUAUUAUGUCAUCCAGAACAUUCUCUUCCCUAGGAUGCCCUACUCAAGAGUCUACUUUUGCCAUGGUGAAGCCUGAUGGUAUGAGCCAUCUUGGAGAGAUAUUUGAAAGACUUCAUUCUGAGGGAUUCUUAGUGAAGAAUAUGAAGAUGACGACACUCAAUAAGGCUACUGCAAAGAUUGCAUAUGAAGAUAUUACUCAUCAUGAUUAUUACCCUGCCUUCCAAGACUACAUCACAAGUGGCCCUAUCCUCGCCAUGAGGCUUAGAAGACUUGACGCUAUAAGCCAUUGGAGAAAAGUAAUUGGUCCAACUGAUUCUGAAAAGGCAAGGGAGACUCAUCCAGAUACACUAAGAGCUCUUAUUGGGACUGACAAUGUAAGAAAUGCUGUACAUGGAGCAGAGACUCAGAACGAAGUUACCAAAUAUUGCAACACUUUCUUUUCAAGUACCUCAAUUUUUAAAAGAGGAGAAUCUAAGACCCCAAAUGCUACCCUCAGUCUCACUCCUACAUUCAUUGAGUCAGGCAAACUUGGAACUUUCUUUAGCAUAAUAUCGAGAGAAGGGUUAAGGAUCGAUGCCAUGAAGACUUUACACACAGACGAAAUCAGAAGCCUCAGCCCAACCAUUUCCACCUCCAUUCAAGAGAAACUUUCAGCAGAAAAUACUCCAUCCGGAAAUGUUUGUAUUGUAGAGCUUUCUCAUCCAAACGGCUUCCGUACGCUCCAAGAGGGGAUUGGCGGACUUGCCUUAGGUUGCGGAAUUCCAAAUUCAAGAUUCGGCUCAGACGAAGAGUCCUACGCUGCUAAGCUUUUAGCUUAAAUGAAAGAAAUACGUCAUCUUUUAAUUAGAUUCAAUCCGUAUCAU